GGGCUCAGGAAAACUCUGGUUCAAGUCAUGGCAAGUGGGACUUGCGGAUCCACGCCACACUUUCAUCCCCAUCCAGAUGGGACUGUGGAGCAUCCCUUCCCUUCCCUUCCCUUCCUCCCACAGGUGUGUGAUCACGCACAGCUGCCGAGACCAGAGAACCACGCCAAGGUGUUGUACUGUCUCGGUCUGCUCGCCUGUCUCUCCCCAGACCAAUUUAUUUCCUUUGUGGGCUCCUGGCUCCAGGCCGACAAGGAGGCAAGCCGUGUGGCGUCCCUCUCCAUCUUCAGUGGCAUCCUUGCUGCUGACCUGCCGGAGAUGCAGGAGAAAAAAUGUGACAUGGUGCAGGCCAUGAGGGGCACGCUCAGCGAUGAGAGCAUUGAGGUGAAGAAGGCUGUGCUCCAUUUCAGCAGGACGGUGCUCACUGUGCACGGCCUGGAGGAGUGGGCCUGGGAGCUGGUGGCCUAUGUUUUCAAGCAGGCCAGCUCAUCUAGCAGCCAAAUGUCGUCCACAAACCUUUGCAGUGCUGAUGCUGAGGAGGAACACAGCAUCCGUGCCACCUGUGUAGAGCUGCUGGAAAAUGUGGAUGUCUCAGUGCGUGGCAUGAGCCAAGCAUCUCCCGGGCGCAGGAGAAGUGGGAGCUGA